AGAGCUGAAGAGCUGAAACACCAACCUUGGGUGAGAAAAUGGCUGAGUCCUUUGGGUGGGGAGGUGUGAAAGAUGGAUGGAGAAAGGGACCAUGGACUGCUGAAGAAGACAAACUGCUCAUGGCCUAUGUUAGCAUGCAUGGGGAAGGAAGGUGGAACUCUGUCCCUAGGCUUUCAGGGUUGAGGAGGAAUGGCAAGAGCUGUAGGUUGAGGUGGGUCAAUUACCUAAGGCCAGAUCUGAAGAGGGGCCAAAUCACUCCCCAUGAAGAAAGCAUUAUCAUAGAGUUACAUGCAAGGUGGGGUAACAGGUGGUCGACGAUUGCACGGAGCCUUCCUGGGAGGACUGACAACGAGAUUAAGAACUACUGGCGAACUCAUUUCAAGAAAAGUGAAAAAUCAUCUCGGAGGCUCGAGAAGCGAAAAAAUUAUGUAAUAAAACGACAACGACAACGACCACAGAAGAAUAAAAGGGAGGAGGAGGAGGAGCAUCAAGAACAACCUCAACAAGUUGACAUGAGAAAGAUAAUGUCCCAAUUCGAAGAGAAUGACUAUGGAGUGUCCUCAGUGCAAAGUGGGCCAGAGAUGGUUUUCUUCUGGCCGCAGACGGCAUCUGAGGACCAAUGCUUAUCCUCAAUUUUCAAUGGGGAGGGCUCUUUGCCAGAUGAUGGUCUUUGGGAUGGUCUAUGGAAUUUGGAUGACGUGGAUGGGGUGGCCUAUGACCAAACGUGUGUGGCAAGAAACACGCAAGAGCCGAAUCAAUGGACGUGCUUGUAUCCAGGAUAUUUGGGGCCACAUAUUCCUAUGUAAGAAGGGAAUAUAGAAGGUUAC